CUACCACCAACUUUACCGAUUCCGCUGAUUAUGGUUUACUUCAUAGUCCCCUCCACACUGAUUUUCGGUCAUCGAAUUGGCUUGAAGCUGGUGGUGUAGUCCGGAAAGCCUUGAAGAGCUAGAAGAACGUGAUUUCUCCUUUGAGCACAUGGAUCAACAGGGACCAACUUUCGACUCUUUCCGUUUUUAAGUCCGAGUCUCUGAUAGGGGGCUACGCCUUAGAGUCAGACUUCGUUCAUCUCAUCAGGUCCUAAUGUCAACUAAUCUGAACCAAAAGCUCGAACUUGAACAAACGAGUCAUCCUAAGACUAAAGAAACAAGAGGGCCAACAGCACCGAGUGGAGGCAACGAAGCACAGUGGAACAUAGUCUCAUACAAGCGGCACCAUAGGUUCGAGAACCAUCGCUCUCAAACUGUCCGUUCAGAUUCUUCUUCGAAUGUACCAUCCAUCUAUGGCGCUGGCACGAACACACAUGGAGGCUCAGGUGGUGGAUCCAGAGGCAGGAGGAGUCGUGGAAGGGCUACUGGUGAACAUGCAGGGACCGGAAGUGUGAAUGUCUCGACAUUUCGCGCUUCUAGUCCAUCCGUCUCUGCCGUUGGGAGUGGUCAGUCUUGAUCCCUCGAAGUGUUUUUCAACACAAGUUCCUAAUAUACAUAUCCGCACUCUCGAGUCGACUAGCAAGAGCUCAAAAGUCAAACCUAGCUACGCACAGGUCACUGGCACACCUUUUACCCCUGGCCGUUUGGGAGGGCCAGCUCCCAUGAGGUCCAAGUCUAAGUCUAGU